AUGUCCUCCCAAACCGCCCUGUCCGCACGCAGUGCUUACCGCCAACUCCUCCGCGCUACCCGCAUUGCCUUCCGGGAUGAUGUCCGUGUUAUGAUUGCUGCCCGUCAAGAGGCUCGCCGGAAUUUCGACAGCCACCGCCGCGAAGGCAUUGAUACUCCGAUGCAGAUCAACCAUGCGCUCGAAGUGGCGAACAUUCUCAGACACAACAUUGUCCAGGGUGUACGGGAACAAGAUGAUGAGAAUGCCAAGUGGGAACUCCGCAUUCAUGACGACAUCGAGCGCGGCGAUAACGACACCAUCAGAGUUAAGGGAAAGACUGUCAAGGUGGAUAAGGCAUGCUCGUCAUAG